AUGGUGUUUGGAAAAAUGGAUCCUGACAUUAUCUUUGAUAUUAUGCUCAGGAAACCGGCUGCUUUCAACAUCCAAGUUCCGUCUUUGAGCUCUAUGGCCCAGCACUUUAGCACCAAACAGAUGGAGCUGGUGCUACAAGAUUUCCCUAAUAUCUUUGUGACUGAGAGUGUUUUGGCAGGCGCUGCACGAAACCGCUCCCACCCAGAAAUGUUGGGUUUCCUGUGGCCUCGUCGGGAGCAGGCUAUGUCUAUCACUGAAGAUAUACUCGUGGGUGCAGCGAGUGAUUCUAGCCCUAUUAAUCUAAAGUUCAUUAUCAGUGAACUCGAACCUAAUACCCGAUUGAAUGACUGCGUUAUGGAACAAGUGAUUGGAAAGAGUGCAGUUUCCAUGAUUAAAAUGCUCUGGGAAAGCCAGAAGAUCACAUUUGAAAUCUCUGCCAAGAUGAUUGAGAUUGCUAUCUCGAGAUAUAAUGACCCACUGGAAAUGCUCGAAAUACUUGCUUUAUUUGACAACAAUAUUAAACCAGAAGUUCCUGUUACUGAAAGCUUGGUAUCUGUUGCAGCAGGCCAUCCCAAGUGUCUGGACAUCCCGCUGUCCGAUCAAGUGUUUAUUGCCGCGUGCUCUAACCCUCCCGUGCAGUCUCGAAUUCUGGACAAAAGCAGUGGUUCUGUGCCAGUGGACCAGAUGGUUGCUAAGUUUGUGAGCAGAAAGUAUCCCACUGAAGUGUUGGACAUGCUAUUUGACAGAAAGCUCUUGGAUGUUGAUGAGAAGCUGCUGGAAACUAUGGCUGGAAGAUACGAAACAUUGACCGCCGUGCUUUCUCGAGCUCCAGAUAUGCCCAUAACAGACCAAGUGCUUCUAAAAGCAGCGAGAGACUCUCGAUCAAUUUGCUUGCUUCUAUACAAGCGAAGUAUCGAUAAACUCAUUGCAGAAAAUAUCAUCAUCGCUGCUACUGAGAGCUGUGAUUCAGACCAGUUCCAGCGGGUUGUCGAGUCUAUUAUCAACCACAUCGGCCCCGCUCCUCUUACAGAAAGGGUUUUUCUAGCAGUGGUAGAGAACAUUUAUCUCAAAGGCGUAUUCCCGUGGCUCUGCGAUCAGCCACAAAGUAGCGAUGAUCCCUUUACAGAAGACAUACUCAUCGCUGCUACGAAGUACUGCAAUUCAACCGAGUUCGAGCAGAUUUUCGAAGCUAUGAUCAAUAACAUGGGCUUCGCUCCUAUUACAGAAAAAGUCUUUUUAGCAGUAUUAUCCAGUUAUCUUCUAUGGGACACCAUUCCAUGGCUCUGUGAAAAACGGCGAAAUAUCCAUGACCACUCUAUAGAAGACAUCUUCAUUGCCGCUGUGAAUUCAAAUGACUCGACACACUUUCAGGAUAUCGUCAAAAAUUUCAUCGAUUAUAUGGGCUUAGAUCUUAUUACGGAUAAGGUGUUUCGAGCGACAAUAUACAACUGCCUACCUGACGCGUUUCAAUGGCUUUGUGAUCAGCGGCAAGAUCUCAACUUGACUUGGGAAGGUACAUGCCGCACUAUUCUCCAGGAUAUGAAUAUCUCCGCUGAGAGCAAGCUGAUUCCACUCGGGUGUCUUGAGCUCCCUAUUGAUGUGAAUUCACUCAAGAUUUCACCCACCCUGUUGGCCAAGUACCCUUAUGAUCUUGAACAUGGGAAUAACUACGGCUUGGACGAUCUGGUUAAUAGUCAAUGA